AACUUUUCCUACUUUGCAACACCCGAAUUCUUAACAAUAACUUUUCACAUCUUAACCAUUAUCGACAUUCCCAUUCACAUGUUCGGCGCGUAUCUUAUUCAAAACUCUAAUUGUAUGCGAUCUGUGAAAUGGAGCAUGUUGAAUUUACAUUUUUGGAGUGUUCUUUUGGACUGGUUGGAUGGUUUUCUAUCCCGUCCUUUUAUGCUCUAUCCAGCUCUUGCUGGGUAUACAGAGGGAGUUUUAGUGCGGCUUGGGAUGUCUACAGCUGCGAUGGCUUAUCUAUUUUUCACAUUAUUUUGUGCUGUUACAAUAUCCAUAUUUGGUAUAAUGGAAAAUAUAUUCAACAUUUUGUUUGCUGAAAACCAUAUCUGGAGGAAAAUUCGAUUUCCCUAUUUUAUGAUCAAUUGGAUUUUUGUAUUGACCCAUUUUUUGUACCCAAUUUUUAACACUCCAAAUCAAAAACAUGCUAUUGAAUUUCUGAAAAAUAGACUUCCAGAAAUCGACCCAUCGGUUUUCCGCCAUCCAAAUUUUCUUGUGCUAUCCCUUGAUUUGAAACCCGUUUUUCCAAUAGUUCUUGCGUGUUUUCUCGGCACCUGGCAAACUAUGGUUUUUGUCUAUUUAAUAGUUUCGAAUCUGGAAAAAUGUGCCAAAACAAUGACCCUAUCUAAAACGACGCUAAAAAUGCAGACCAAAUUUUUGAGAGCUAUUUCGAUUCAAAUUGUUGUACCCCUUAUCGUUCUCGCAAUGCCAAUGUUUUACAUUGGAAUUUCCAUUGUUGCCAAUUUCUAUAAUCAGGUCCUGAACAUUCUGAUCACUAUCAUCGUGUCCACUCAUGGAUUGGCUUCCACAUUUGUUAUGUUAAUCAUACAUGAACCAUAUUGGAAAUAUUGUCGCACACUUUUU